CAUCAGCCUUCCAGCCUAAUGCUGCUGCGGUGAUGUUUAUUUAAGAGGAUUGGUGGCCAGAAAUAAGCCACAGUGUCUAAUCAGACACAGGCCCUGCCUGGGCACCCUGCCACAACAUUUAUUGCGUGUGCAUUUCUCAUAAGCAAAAUGGCUACGUACUGAGGAGGAUGGAAGGGAAGUCUGGAAGGAAUUACGGUGCAAACUGCAGUUCUUAACUUUCUGAGGAGGAUUUAAGUGUAUGUAAAUAUACCGAAAUGAAUGAGGCUGUGUGACUGUGAGUUCCUGAAAGCCAAAUGGGGAAUGUCUGUGGAUGCGUAAGGGCUGAAAAGGAAGAACAGUGUUUAGAUCCUGCCAAAGCUCCCUUAAGUCCAGCUAAACAUUCCCCUGGAAGAAAAUAUUUCAGAAGAAAAUCAAGAAAGAAAUCAGCUGACGAGAGACCAGAUUCCUUACCAGCUAAAGAAAAUGAAGAAAAAAGCCAAUAUGAAGUGGGAAUUUCAGAAAACAUCGAAGUUCUCCCGAAGGGUAUGGAAUUGGCUUGUUCCUCCCUACAGAGUGUAACAGUGGAUGGUGAUGCUCUGCCCAGGAGUACAGACCUUUCGGCUGAUCUUGUUAAAGCAGAAGUUUUACUGAGUGAAGCCAACAGUGAUUCUCGCUGUCGGGACAGUUUUCCCGGUGAUAAGCAAAGGCUCACCGAGUCUGCUGAAACAGAGGCAUGGUUAAAUGAACAAGAUAACAGGAGUUCAGAGAAAAUCUAUACGUGGAAGAGGAAAUAUUCAGAUGAAUACAACACAAGAGAAUUAGCAUUUCAGACGAGAGCAAGUGGUCUUUGUUAUGGAAAAGCUGCUAGCUUGGAUUCUGCUGUCCACCUUUUAGGGAAACAACACAAAGAAACUGGAUUAAACAAAACUUAUGGCAGAGUUGUUGAAGACUCUUUAGAAAGCAAUAAAUCUGAAAAGUUGCAUCAGUUGCUUUCUAAGAGAAAAAGUUAUCCACCGCUUGAACAAAAGGGAUUUUAUUCUUCUGAUGAUGUGUUUUCCCAUUUGUCAAAUGAAAAAGCAGUCUAUAGCAUUCCACCAAACAGGAGCAAGUCCAGAUGAGGCCUCACCAAGCUGAGUGAAGGGAGACAAUCACCUACCUCUACUGGCCGAACUCUUUCCGGGAUAACACUGGCCUUCUUGACUUCAAGGGCACACUGCUGGCUCACGUCCAACCUGUUGUCCACAGGGACGCUCAGGUCCUGCUCUGCAGAGCUCCUUUUUAGCAGAUCAGCCUCCAGCCUGUCCUGGUGCAUGGGGUUAUUCCUCCUCAGAUGCAGAACACUGCAAAUGCCUUUGUUGAAUUUCAAGAGGUUCCACUUUGCACAUCUCUCUAGCCAGUUGAAAUCCUUCUGAAUGGCAGCAAGUAGCUGUAGAGUAUCAGCUUUUACUCCCACUUCGAAUCAUCAGCAAACUUGCUGAGAGUUCCUUGCAAGUCCCUUCAUCCGAAUAAUGAUGAAUAAGUUAAACAAUACUGGACCCAGUACUGACCCCGGGGACACUGCUAACUAUAGUCCUCCCGAUUGGCUGUGCAACUCAUCACACUGAGAUCCGCUAUUCAGACUGUUGUUAAUCCACCUCACCAUCCACUUUUCCAAUGCACACUUCUUGAGCUAUGAGGAUAUCAUGGAAGAUAGUGUCAAAGCCCUUGCUGAAGUCCUAGUAGACAACAUUCACUGCUCUUCCUUCAUCCAUCCAGCCAGUUGUUCCAUCACUGAAGGCAAUCAGAUUGGUUAAGCAUACACUUUGGAUGAGGAUGGUGUAUCCAUGCUGACUACUGAUCCCUUUCUUAUCUUCCAUGUAAGAUGGCCUUCAGAAGGAGCCGAUCAUAUAAUCAUAGAAUGGUGUGGGCUGAAAAGGACCACAGUGAU